AUUUUGACAUUUUGUGCCUAAAAUUAUAAGGGUGUACUCCUACCAUAUCAUGUCAAAAGUAGGAAAGUAUUUCUACCCGUCGGACCAUGCCUUGGUCCGCCGGCUCCCUUUCGGGUUAUACUUGAAAUCCUGUGCACGCUCCGGACAGAAUGAGGCGGUGGCUUUACAACUUGUUGAGGAAUAUACAUCUGUUCCAGCCCCGCUUUGGAUCGAUGAUUACGAGGAAAAUGGAAACAUAAUUUUGAUUAUGACCUCAGUACGGGGGCAACCGCUACGGAGCGUUUUUCACAGACUAUCUUAUCAAGAGCGCGAGCAGCUCUCCAAGGAUUUAAAAACAAUCAUCUGUGAACUUCGGCGCAUUCCAAACCAAACACCCUAUCGUUUCGCGAAUACGUUAGGUAGCGCCCUUUUCGAUCACCGUGUCGGUAAAUUUGGACCGUUCAUUCAAGCAUCAGGUUUCCAUAAACACCUUAUCCCAGAGCACACGCCAGCCGAAACUAGAAGAGCAGUUACCCCAAUCCAUUCACGUCAUCAUUCGUCGUUCUUCACCCAUGCGGACAUUAACUGGUCGAAUAUUUUCAUUGACCAAGGCAGACUGGUUGCAUUGGUAGAUUGGGAAUGUGCAGGGUAUUAUCCUGAGUAUUGGGAGUUCACGAAAGCAAUGUAUGGAAUCAUCAAUGAUGAGGCCAUGGAGAAGAUUGUGCGCGACACAUUUGAUCAGGACUAUACAGACGAGCUAGAAGUGGAGGAGAAACUUUGGAGAGAGUCACCAUGGGUGAAGCAUUUCAACUACCGUUAUCAUGAAUAG